CGUUCCUGUACGACCUUCUACGUCGAUUACAGUCCACGUAAGCCGAGAAGCAUGAGACACUGUCAUCCACGUUUAUUAUCCAUCAAUUCUUCUUAAAUCGAUCUCGCGAUAAGUUAGUCGGAAUGAGAUUUAUUAAACGAAGGAACGAAUUAUCGUCGCUGUUAUCGUCGAAAGGCCUCUCGCGUUGUUAUCCUUUUCGUUUCUAUUUCCGUCUCAUUCAAAACGUUUCUCGACGGUGACGCCUAACAUUCGAUAGAUAAGAGCUCGUAUUUCCUAUGCACACUGAUUUCAAACAAUUCCAAGUUUCGUUCCACGUAGAAGAAACUUUAUAUGUGUCAUAUCUCUGCUAUGCGUCGUACGAAAUGUGUCCUUUAUGCGUCAUACGUUUGACAGAACUGAUUAGGUUUUCUUCAUAUAUAUAUAUAUGUAUUUCAUAUUGAACAAAAAAUCUUCAAAACCCUGUCGUUAGAAACGUAUACAGCGAAGGAGAUAGAUAAAGAGAUAAGCAUUAUCACGGAAAGUGUGCACGCAUUGGAGUCAAUUUAACGUUUAUAUCCUCGUCAUUCGAACGAGUCGAGUACGAUGCUCCGAUUGUUUCGCGAUUGAGAUAUCAAAUUAUUCUAGAUAAAGAUUCUUAACUCGUACGAGGAUAACGAUUAUGCGACGACUCGUUGUCUUCUUUUGUCUCGUUAUUGUUGAAUUUCUUUUGUGUUCGGCGCAAGAGAAACAACAUGGAACGGUGUUGUUCGGAGAUCCGUGCGAAAGGGACGUCAAUUGCAUCGAACAUGCAUAUUGUCGUAUUCAACGGAUCUGUCAAUGCGAGCAAUAUUACGCACCCAAUCCCGAGAGGACGAUUUGUCUCGCCACAGCCGGACUGAGUUGCGUCGAUGACUUUACUUGCGGUACCAUGUCCAAUGCGGUUUGUCGUCAAAACGUGUGUACUUGCAAGGACGCAUUUACCCUGGAUAUAAACAAUUCGUCUAAUUGUAUAAGUAGACCGUCGAAAGAAGGCGACACUUGUCAAAAAAGGGACGACUGCGAGGAAGCUAUGGAACGUGCGAUAUGCAUCGAUAAUAAGUGUCGUUGCAUCACUGGCCUUCGUUUCGUCAACGAAACUGGCAAAUGCAUUCAGGCUCGUGGCCGAUAUAACUCGUGUACCAAGGAUUACGAGUGCUUCCUCGACGAUGGCACACCGAACGUUUUACAAUGUAAAAACGGCGAAUGCGUUUGUAGAGAUAACGAUCCGCGAUGCAGUAAAGGUUCGUCCGUUGCGACAACGACGAUAGGACUGAUCGUAUCGACGAUCGUAGCACGGAUAGCGUGAUUAACGUAAGAAUAUAUCGUAGGAUUUUAUCGACGGAGAAAAAACGCAAGACUUUUGUACAGAAAGAUACAAUUUUUGUUCCUUCUCCUCCUCUUUCGAAUAAAUAAAACGACCAUUGCGUCACGAAACAA